AAAGGACACCGAUCCAUCGUCAUUCUCACUGCCUCACUCCCACUCAUUCUCCCAGGCUUCCCAGCUCUGGUUGAUCCCUCCUGCUCCUCCCCUGACACAGGCGCAAUAAAACCUAUUCCCAAAAUGCCAUCCAGAGGAAAAGCGCACGGCGGCAUCAGACUGUCCGCAACGCAGCGACAAACUGUGAAUGGAUGAUAACCAGAGUUCACAGAGGAGACUGUUUUUAACUUCUCUCACAUGAAGGACAACUUUUUAUGAAACAACUGCAUCUCCGAUCUUAAACCUCGACUUGUAACAGCCGCGCGUAAAAUUGGGUUUAAACAUGGUGAGCAGCGCCUUGGCGACAGUGACGACCCUCGUGUCUCUGUGUUACUGCGCGUUGGCCACACAGGUCGCCUUCUCCAACUUUUCCACGGACAACGAGUUGCGUUCCAGCUUCAUCCAGCGGCGGCUGCGGAGCCAGGAGCGCAGGGAGAUCCAGCGGGAGAUCCUCUCCAUCCUGGGGCUGCCGCACCGUCCGCGGCCCCACGUCCACACCAAACACAACGCUGCCCCCAUGUUCAUGCUGGACCUGUACAACACCAUCUCUACUGACGUGGGACCGCACGGUUAUUCCUAUUACAAACCCGUGGUACCGACCCACGCUUCCCCCAUGGUGACCCCCCAGGACAGCCGCUUCUUAGUGGACGCGGAUAUGGUGAUGAGUUUUGUCAACACUGUGGACCAGGAUCAGGAUCUCUUCUACCAGCAACAUAGGAGAGAAUUUCGUUUUGACCUUUCCCGUAUUCCAGAGGGAGAGGCGGUCACGGCAGCAGAGUUCAGGAUUUACAAGGAUUUCAUCCAUGAGCGCUUCGAGAAUGAGACAUUCAAAGUCAGCGUCUACCAGGUCCUGCAGGAGCGCUCAAAAGGUGAAGUGGAGCUGUUGCUGCUGGACCAGCGAGAUGUUUGGGCUGCAGAGGACGGCUGGCUGGUUUUCGACCUGACCCCCACCAGUAACCUGUGGCUGGUCAAACCUGAGAAGAACCUGGGCCUGCACCUGGUCCUGGAGGACAGCCACGGCCGGAGGAGGAACCCCCGCCUGGCCGGGCUGGUGACGGGCAGUGGACCCCAGGACAAGCAGCCCUUCAUGGUCGUCUUCUUCAAAGCCAGCGAGGUUCGAUUCCGCAGCGUCCGUUCUGCCCACGGCCACAAGGGGCGCCAGUCAAACCGCUCCAAACCCCAGAGGACCGUUCAGGACGCGCUAAAGGCAGUUGAAGCUGCAACAGAGAACCUCAGCUUUUCUAAAGAGGGAUGUAAAAAACAUGAGCUGUAUGUCAGUUUCAGGGAUCUUGGUUGGCAGGACUGGAUCAUAGCACCAGAGGGAUAUGCAGCAUACUACUGCGAAGGCGAAUGUGCUUUCCCACUCAACUCCUACAUGAACGCCACGAAUCAUGCUAUAGUGCAGACACUGGUGCACUUUAUCAAUCCGGAGACGGUGCCGAAGCCCUGCUGCGCUCCCACGCAACUCCACGGCAUCUCCGUGCUCUACUUUGACGACAGCUCCAACGUCAUCCUCAAGAAGUACCGCAACAUGGUGGUCAGAGCCUGCGGCUGCCACUGAUCACUCGUCCUCCUCCUGUGAGUUUUGACAAACUUGGAGGACUUGGCAGAGAAGGAGGAGGAGGAGGAGGAGGAAGCAGAGACAAGAUGACCAACUUUUAUUCUGGAGGACUGUUUUUAUGAGCAGCAGCUGGGCCGCCCAUGCAGAAUAAACAGUCACAACGAUUGGUCACUGAGAAAAGGCUGAAUGAAAGACUGUUAUAGUGUGACAAGUACAAAUGCACUAAAAGGAAUCGCAGCAGCGUUGAGUCACUUCAAAAACACAGUUUGCUGGAAAAAGCUUCAACCAUUCCUUGUUUGCAGAGAUCAUACAAUUACCAGCCACUUUAUUAUGUACACCGUUCAACUGCUAAUUAUCUAACCAGCCAGUCACAUGGCAGCAGCUCGAUGCAUUUAGAUGAUCUGCUGAAGUUCAAACUGAGCAUCAGAAUGAGGAAGGAACUUGGUUUAAGUGACUUUGAACAUGGAAUGGUUGUUGGUGACAGAGGGGCUGGCCAGAAACUCCUGAUUUACUGGGAUUUACACCACAACCGUCUCUGGGUUUACAGAGAAUGGUCCAGUGAGUAGCAGUGCCUUGUUGAUGCCAGAGGUCAAAGAAAAAUGACUUGACUGGUUCAAAAAUUAACUCAAAUAACCAUUUGUUAAGGUAUGCAGAAGAACAUGUCUGAACACUCUCUGUACCAAAUAAAUGUGAUACUUUGUUGAUAA